AAGUUCAAAACCUGUGAAAAGUACAAAGAUAGACGAAGAAAGAAGAAGAGAGAGUGUGUGAUAAAAGAGAAGAGAAAGGAAAAUGGUAGGAGGAAUGGAGGCAAACAAGAACAGGUUCAUAGAGGAGUGGGGCAGUGCUCGGGAGAAUCUCGAGUACAACUUCCGCUGGACUCGACGCAACUUCGCCCUCGUUGGCUUAUUCGGCAUCGCAGUUCCUAUCUUCAUCUACAAGGGCAUCGUCAAAGAAUUCAAUAUGCAAGAUGAAGAUGCAGGCAGGCCAUACAGGAAGUUCCUUUGACUUUUCUUCUUUACAAUGCUGGACAGUCGAUGAUAAUUGCACCUGAAGUAAAACUGGUUUUCUGUUGGGACCUCUUUGCCCAUAUCUGGGAAUUGUUAUAUAUAUAUAUAUAUAUAUGUGUGUGUGUGUGUGUGUGUGUGUGUGUGUUUUCUAAGAAGUAUCUCUUAUAUUUUGAAAUCUGCUAAUUUGCUGGGAAUGCUGAAUGUUUUGUGGUUACUACUUGUGAUAUAAUAAUGUUUCAUUCAGUUGUCUGGA